CCGAGUUAUGGUCACUUCAAAAAUUUCGGUAACAUGGCAUCGUUAGACGACGAAUUAUUUCAUCAAGUUAAAUCACGUCUCAUAGAUGCUGUCGAAAAACCAGAAUGGGUUCCUUUAUCUCUUACUUUAGUCGAAUAUCCCCAAGGUGAUGUUUUUGGAAAAUUAUUAGCUCUAAUAAGCUUGAUACCUUUUGCUAUCAUAGCUGGUUUUAUAACUUUGAUUCUCUUUAGAAGAGAUUUACAUACAAUUGUAUUUUUUAGCGGAGUUAUAAUUAAUGAAUUUAUAAAUUUUAUAUUGAAACAUACAAUAUGCGAAGCAAGACCUAUGAGAAGAGACAGCAUCUAUGUUGAAUAUGGUAUGCCAUCGAUGCAUGCACAGUUUAUGUGGUUCUUUGCUGCAUACAUAACACUUUUUAUAUGCAUCAGGUUACAUUAUAACAAUAAUAGCAGUAUUUCAGAAAGAUUUUGGAGAAUUACUAUUAUAGCUGGUUGUAUAAUUAUUGCUAUUCUAGUGACAUACAGUAGGGUUUACUUAUUAUAUCAUUCAAUUUCUCAAGUUUUAUGCGGCGCAUUCGUAGGAAUUAUAUUGGGAAUAGUAUGGUUUAUAGUUACACAUGUAGUUCUUACACCAAUGUUUCCUAUCGUUGUUUCAUGGCGGAUAUCAGAGUAUCUACUAUUACGCGAUACAACGUUAAUUCCUAAUAUUCUUUGGUUCGAGUAUACAAAUAUUCGUACAGAGGCACGAGCACGUUCAAGGAAACUCGUAUCGAUGAAAUCGCAAUGACGGUUAAUGUCUGGCCAGUGGGCUGAUAGUAAAUAGAAUGAAAAAGUUAAACAGAAGAAACUGAUAUCAUUCCUUCAGCCAGAUGAAACUUAAAAAUUCAUAAUUCGUUUGGCUCAAAGAAAUGACUAUAAAUAGUCAGUGGCAAAAAACUGAUGAUGUUGAUAAUAUUUACGUGCAUAAGAUAUUAGUACAAAUUUUGCAUACGAAUUUUCAUAUUCGCACUGUUAAAACAUGCGCGUUUUAACAACUAACUUUUAUAACUUUGCAUAAAUUAUAAUCCACAUUUAACGAGUAACUUCACUAUCUUGUUGAUUUUAUAAUUAUCUUGUAGAUAUUGUCUGUAAAGACAAAUUCAAGAACUAGAGUUAAUUUAAAGAACAAAUCUAGUGCAAUAACAUAAUAAAAUAUGAUAUUGAUUACCGUCGUUAGAUAAUAAUAGUUUAUACAUCAAAAUUAAGUUAAACGAUAUUAAUACUUUAUUACAAUCGACUAUCGGGUUUGAACAUGAAUGUUAGUAAAACAAAAUUGCCACUUCAUUUAUACACAAGGUCGUUAAACUUUUGAAUAUAUUUUUCUUAUCUUUUUUAUACAUUAUGUGUACUAUAGUUCCAAACAUUUUUAUGAAAUGUCACUUUAUUAUACGCACAACUGCUGUAAAAUUUUUUCUUUAUCUUUUAAAGUUCCAACUUUUGUAUAUAAUUCCUUUUUUACCACUAUGUAUUUAAACAAUUAUCAUUAGAAUUUGUGUAUUUAUCCCGAUAUUUAAGAAUUAGGAAGGAAAUGACAUAAAUAGUGAUUAGUAAGCGACUUAAAUGAAUUUACAAAUGUUUAAAUUAAAUGGUUUAAAAGUUCAGAAAAUGAUUUUCACUGGAUUAUUGAUUUUUGAAUAAAGUCAUUUUUUAAAGAAGAAUGUAUUUGAUACGUCAAUAUUUUUUUAUAACUAAUGCACAAGUGUAAAAGUACCAUUAUUAUGUUGCUCAAUUAAAUCCCAUUAUACAAUUAUACAAAAUUUUCCAUGAAAAAAAGGCAAAAAAUAAACUGAUAAUUAAUACGAAAUUAUUGUAAUGUAAAUAUGCAAUAACGUUUUAUAAAUGAUAUUUAAAAUAAAGUCAAUGCACAAUUCAA